AUGGAAAUAGAAAUUCAUGAUGAUUUAAAUAGCACAGAUUCAUUUAAGCAACAUAAUGCAUUUGCAAAAUUAAAUCAAUUUUGGAUAAAUCAAGGAAGAGAUCCAACUAUAUUUUUUAAUUCAAUUAUAAGAUUAAUUCAAGAGUCCGAUAAUAAAACUACAAGAAUUUUAUGUUAUAAUGUUUUAAAAAGUUGUAAAUGUACAGUUACAGAAUGGAGUUUAGCAAUCCCAUUAUUAGUUAAAGAUUUACAUUCAGAUGAUUCAGAAGUUGUAAUCAAUAUAUUAAAAGCGAUCCCACACAUUUCAUCCAUAUUUACAGAGUUAUUAUUGACUGGUAAUGCAGAUUUCGGACCAUUAGUUAGACAUCAGAAUCAAUCAGUAAGAAGAACAGCAUUAGAUACAUUAACAAGUUUAUUAUUUUAUAGAAAAGCGAUAUUACAAUCAUAUAAAUCAUUUGUAUCAACUGGUUGGGAGUUAAUUGUAGAUAGGUUAUUAGAAGAACCAAUACCAUCAGUUUAUCAAUCAAGUUUUAAUGCUGUCAGCACAUUGUUUUCGGAAAUAUCAAGAUCAGUAUCACAUUCGGAUGAAUUGGACAACUCUACUCAAAAGCGUCAAGUACUUAGUUAUUAUGCCGAUUGGAUUUGCUCAAAAUUAAUUGACCACUUUGAUUUACUCUUAAAUCGUGCUCAACAUGUUGAUAUAAAUCAACGUCAUGUUACCAUCAACACUUUAACUUACUUGGUCGAUACUAUUUCAAGAUUAGCUGGUGCCCCCCAUUGGCCAAAUUCCGAUGCUCCAAAAUUAGUUCAAAAAAAUACUGGUAAACAUCUAUCAUCACCACAAAAUAUCGUAUCUAUAUUGGUAAAUUAUUACUUGACCCAGUUAGAAUCCUCAAAUGAUUCUUUAGUUUUUGCUGCUGGUAAAGCUAUAUUGGAUUUAUUAUUAACUCAACAAAAUCAACACAACGAAUCAUGGAUUAAUCCUGUAUUAACUGCAUUCAUUGGUUUACUUCGUCGUGAAGGUAUCCAUUUAAAUCCUCUACCAAUUUUAUUAGCAAUUAUGGCAGUUCUUCCAAUGUUGGGCGAUGACUUAUUGUUUUGCACAUUAAUCAAAAUAUUCCCAUCUAUCAAAACCAUCAGUGACUCGAAUCAACGUGUUAGCUAUUUAAUUCGUACUUUUGAAUUAAUAAUUGAUCGUCAUGUAAGCUCUGGGGGUAAGAGUAGUUUAUUUACACCAUUAGUUACCCACGAUUGCCUUUUAAUGGCUUUCAAUGAUGACAGUAAUAGUUUCCGUGAAGAGAUUGUCGUAUCAAUGGUUGCUUCUCAUCAUAACAUUUUAACAAAGUAUAUCGAAAUCGAAGAAAAAGAAAGAGAAAAAGAUAAAAGUGCAUCAAAUGGCAAAAUCCAAAGUUCAAAUAUUUUAUUUUCACUUCAUCAAGCAGGUUUAAAUAUUUCAGAAGUUUGUUUGAAAUGUGUAUUAUGGUCAGGUGAAAGAAUAUCAGCAAUCGAAUAUUGUAUUAGAUUUGUAGAUUGGCUUUGUCGUGUUACACUUCAAAAUGACUCUCCACAUUCUCCAAAAUUAAUAUCAUUACUUCGUAAUGAGCUUUUAGAUCAAAUCACUAAAAUCCCAUCAGAUUACAUUUGCUUACAAGCAAUCUUUUUAGUUUGUUCCCACCUAUUAAGAUCACCAACAAAUAAAGUAUACGAACAAAGUGACUCCACAAUGUUAAUAGGUGUACUAAGAUGCCGUUUCCUCUUUUUAGAUAAUCAACCAAAAUUCAUUCAAUUUAAUGGCAGUGUUAGGGAUAUGGUAAUGGGUGUAUCACAAUACGGCCGUGUUGCUCCAGUACAACUACCUUCUUUAAGUGGUUAUUGGUUGGCUGCAUUAGAAUGUUUAUUCUUACUUGGUUUACAUAUUUCAUCCGUAGAGGCCACUGUUCAGCGUACACUUGAGGAGAUUCUCUCAACCUAUCCAAAUAAUAAAUCAGUAUACGCUAGAGCUCGUUUUAUUCGUAGAAUGCUUUUCUCUAGUACUAGCUCUGCUUUGGACGCUUCAUCACUUGGAAAGUACAGUACCAUUAGAAAUUUAAAUAGUUUUUCAAACAAUACAAUUGAUUUUUCUUAUUGCAUUCCAAUUGAAAAUAUUGAAAUUACAAACUCACAACGUACAAUUAACGACAUCUUUUCAUUUGAAUGCAAAAAAGCAAUUACAGGAUUAUUUGGUGCCCACUAUGGUUCCUCUAUCAGCGAAAAACCAUCCAGCGAAUCAACAUUAAUAAGUGGUGCAUCUGACCCAGUUUGGAUUGAAGUAUCACAUACAGUACAUCCAACAUUAAAUACAAUUACUUUACAUGUCCAGGUCACCAAUGUAAUUCUUUUCAGCAUCAAAAAUGUAACAAUAGUAAUUGGUUUAUCAGGUCACUUAGAUUUCCCAUAUCCACAAACCAAUUGUAAACAUAAUAUUCCAAAAUUAUUACCAGAUAAACCAUACACCUUUGAAGUACCAUUGACUGUUACAAGUUUAGAUUAUAAUUUUAUUUCAUUUAAAAUUUCAUUCCAUCAACCAAGUGGUGUUUGUGAAAUUGAUAAUAAUUUUAAACAUUCAAAUUAUAAUAAUAUUAAUCAACAACAACUUCAACAGCAACAACAAUUACAACAAACAAGCGAUACAUCACAACAACCAUCACAACAAUAUACUAGUAUAUCUUCUGUAAAUUCAAAUUUAUCAUCAAAUAGUUUAAAUUCUCCAUCAAAUCAAAGUAGUUUAAAUAAUAGUACACAUUCAAUAUCAUCAGCUGCUGGUUCACCUGGUACUGCUAAUUUUGUAACAUCCCAUUUAAUACCAUCAAAUGCUCAAUCUUCAUCACCAACUACUUUUUCACCAUUACAAAAUGUACCUUCAACAAAUUCUUUUUCAAAUAUUUCAAAUGCUCCUUCAACCUUAACCCAAAAUACUAAUAGUGGUAUAAAUAACAAUAAUAUAAAUAACCAACAACAAAAUAGUGCAAACAAUCCUAAUAGUGGCGCAAAUAAUCUUAAUAUUAUAGUUGGAGCAGCAACAACAACCACCAACCAAACCAACAUCACACAAUCAUUAUCAAUUGGUAAUUCAAAUCAAAGUGCAACCGUUAUUCAAUUUUCACCAAUCGAAAUUAGAUGUUCAGACUAUGUAUUAGAAUGGAACCAAUUCCUCGUACCAUUGAAAUAUAAUAAACAUCAAUUUAUCCAACAAUGGCCACGUUUUGAAGCCUCAUUAUAUAUCGAUGUAGUAUUUGAAGGUUUUGUAACUGUUGAAUCAAUUUAUGAUUGUUUGACAACUCUUCCAUUCCAUAAUGUUCAAGAUUGUCAAUUUAGUAAUAGUAAUUUCCAAUUUGCUUUUUCCUCUUCAUCAUGGUUCAACGAACAAUUUUGUUUCACUCUCUGUGGUAUGGAAAAAUCAUUAUCGUUCCCAGAAGAUUACAGUGUAUAUUAUACAUCGCCAAAUGGCACAUCACCAUCCAACUAUAAAGUUAUUCAUGGUAGAUUCGAAUUUAGAUCAUCGAGUUCAAGUUUAUUAGGUUCAUUUGAAAGUGUAUCUGAACAAUGGAUUCAUAAAUUACCAAGAUCAUCAGAUAGCUUUAUCAUUAGAAAAUUAUCACCAGGCGAAGAAUCAAUAUUUUCAAUUACAAAUAUUUCAGAAACUUAUGAAACACCAAAAAAUUAUCAAUCUUCUGCCAACUCUCCAAUUAAUACAAGUGAUAAUGAAUUAAAUUUAAUUAAUCAAUGGAAAGAAGAAAAGAAAAAUUUUGAACAAUCAAAAAAAUUAUUUUCACAAUUAGCUUUGGAUCAAGAUUUUUAUUAA